CGAAAGACGGUAAAGAUGGCGCCUCACUGGUUCUCGGGAUUUCUGGCUCUGUGGAUACUCCUCCUUCGAGGAUCUGAAGGGAUUCGAUGUUACCAGUGCUCAUCAUCUGAAGAUGGAGAAGGAGAGGACACAUGUGGAGCCUACAGACAUUAUGACACCACCAAAAACACACUUGUUGAAUGCAACAGUGGGGAUUCUGUCACACCUGGCACGUUUUGCAUGACGGUCACCAAACAGGGACCCAGAGGAUUUAUUUGGGAUGGUCGAUGGAGACAGGUGAUAAGACGCUGCGGCUCAGUGUCUGAAACGGGAGUCACUGGAGUUUGCAACUGGGGAAUCGAUGAGAACAGUGUCUAUUGGGAGGAGUGCUAUUGCAGCACAGAUGGCUGCAAUGUGGCUUCUUCUUACCACUUGUCUGGAGCCCUGGCUCUUGCCUCUCUACUCUUCCUAGUAUGGAGAAGAUGAGAGGGAAAGGAAAACAUCCAUCCAAUGACCCAGUCGUGAUACCUGUCAUUCCGUCCUAAACCCAGCUUAGAAACCUGAAGCGAUGUAUCUGGUCUGAUCUCCCUCUUUUUAUACAAUGUGUAUUUUUUACUCUCAAAUCAAUAAAUCAACAUUUACCUCUA